AAGUAGAGGUAAUGAAAGGGCGCGCAAACUAUAAGGCAUUAACUGCUCUACAAAUGUGGGCAAACAUUAAGCGUUUUAUUGGAGAGACAUUUAAAAAACUUUUCACUUUUACAUCACAUGUCUGUUUGACUGUUGGGUCCGUUGUCUGCCAUCAAGACUUGCCAUUCCCUCCCAAACCACUCGUCUGUCCCACACAUCAGUCUAAGACAUGAUCACAUCAUUGGCUACCAUUAGAUCAUUGGUCACCACUCUAUUGCCCGACGUUUCGCAAGACUCACAACUCGAUGAAUUGAUUGCACAAAUCAUUCACUUUCAACACAACAGUCACGACACGAGUGCUCACAACGAGCCCGAAGUGGACGCCACUCAACACACCUAUGCUAUGGAGGCCAGUGUUGUCAGACGUGACCGACACCGACGUAAUGAACGCAUUCGUCACAAUAAGAUCGUUGAACUGAUCCGACAGUUAAGUCAUAUGAUUGGUCUGAGCGAUAGAAACGAGACGCGGACAAACAUAUUGGACCGAUCGGCUCGUUAUGUGCUAUUCCUGGAGCUUGUGAUCGACAAACUGGAAGCGGACGGAACCGAUGACACUGCCCUGUCAGACGACUGGGUGAAAUCGUUAGAACCGCUGUACUAUAAAGCUUGUGUGAAGGCCAAGGAAUUGUUAGAACAAGUCGGACAACACAGCAGUGAACCGCUUCUCGAGAACAACCUAUCGAUCAAUGUUUGCCAUUAAAUGGUUUUCAAAUUAUUUGGUUUUAAUUUUACAAUGAAUUGAAUAUAAUUUUUACUUUAUAUAAAUAAAUAAUGAUUUGAUUUUGUUUUGUCUAAUAAAUAAGUCUUUCAUUGAAACGCAUGAGAAAUGAAAUAAAUAAUCAAUAGUUUAAGAA